UUGCAUAUAAAAAGUAUGGUGGAAUUUUAUGUUUCAGGAAGUCUGAGUCUGAGCAGGCUGUGCAGUGUCACAUUGUGGUGUCCAGGGCAGACGAGGGUCCGGGUGAAUACAGUGACCACCCCCGGCCUCCUCUCGACCCCUUUAGAAAUCAACACAGCGGGUGAUUGGAUUUCACGCUCUUUUAUCUUUUAACUAGCCUGAUAACAGGAACGGAAAAAGCAAUGAUGAGCUUGUGUACACGUGUGUAAAAACUCUCCAUGGUCACUUAGCAGAGCCCCCAUUAGGCUUGGAUCUCCUUCCAGGUUGCCCGGUGAUAGAGUAAACAGAGUGAGUCUGACCGAUCCGGCACGCAAAUAUUUGUUUUAGGAAGGUGCCCUGGUUCGACAGGAGACACAUGUCAGCUGCGGUAUAAAAACAGAGACCACUGUCACUCAUCAGCUCACACACACACAGGACCCGGACUCUCUCCUCCAGGACAAAUCCAGCUCCAAGGUAGGAAAACUUUUACACCAAUUGCAGUGUUUUAUGCCUCCUUUGUCCUUGUACUUUUUCUUUUCUUACUGCUUUGACCUCUACAGGUCUGGAGGUGACAUGGCCACAGGCGUCAUCAGGAAUUUCCACAUUCAGGCCCCGGCUCCUCCCUACUUCCACACUUUCUUGCACUCUCCAUGCAAGAAGGAUGAGGUUUGUCAGAUGAAGGAGAAGCCACAGGAACGAGAAGAUGAAGAAGAGGAGGAGGAGGAGGAAGAAGAGGAAUGCUUGGAUCAGUUCAUUAUGAAUCCUGCUCAGAAUGUUCUGGAUGUGACCAGUCAGUUGCUGAGGUUCGCUGACCUCAUCAGUCAUGACGUCCAGCGGUAUUUCGGCCGUUCCUCUGCAGAUCGAGAAGCUUGUGACAUCUAUGACGACUCUGUCUCUGUGGUGAGCAGUGGCCGGCUGCGUUACUAUGACGACCUGCUGAGGAUCGCAGGUGCGGGGACUCCGGAGGAGCAGGUGAGCGGUGUGGUGGCUCCAGAUGACAACCCAAGACGCAGCGGUUUAGGGCCCCUGGCUGACCUGUUCAACCACAAGGGCCUGGGUCGACUCAGGGUCCAGCCAAUGAUCAACAGGCACCUCCCACUAAGUUUCUGGACUGAGCCAGUUCCUCGCUACCCGCUGGUCGGCUUCAGCAGCACACCUAACAUCACACACACUAGCAGCAGCUCACCUGGACAGACCGACAGCGGCAGACACACACAUUACAACCCAUUGAUGCAGCACUGCAUCACCGGCACGGAGCCAGACUUCAGUGACCUGCUGGCCUACUGGGACCCACACCCAGAGUUCACUCACACACUGAUGGACGACACACAUGCAGAAUGAAACUCACUGAAACCGCUGCCUGAAACUAGCAUGGGUUCUGACCUCUGCAGCUGUUCAACUAACAGAAAUGAACAGGAACAAAGCAGGUUGUUUUCUUCUCUUUGUGGUCCUGUAUGUCCUCUGACAAGGAAACGCUUCAAGAAUGUUUAGAUUAGUUGCCGUAGAAACCAUGCUUUAAUUUUGAAGGAAAGGUUUCUUUCUUUCUCUGGUUAUUUCAAAAACUGAUUAGCCUUUGGAGCACAUUUCAUAUGACAGAUUUCAUUAAGGAUGCACAGAUAUGAAAACGAGGACCCAUAUCAAUAUUAAUUUUAUAUCCUAAGGUUCUUUCAGAAUAGAAUAGAAGAUACUUUAUUGAUCCCAAGGGGAAA